AGCAUAGAGGCAAAUGCGGACUGCUUAGCUUGUGUGCUAGCAACAUACAUGUGGAGGGGAUCACAUCCCAAACUCUGCCCAAAUUCCCCUUUAUACUGCCAAAUACCGCCAACUGCCCCUGUAUCCCUCACAACAAACGUGUUUUCUUCAACAUGAAAGGUAGCCGGAUCGAGUUGGGGGAUGUUACACCCCACAACAUUAAACAAUUGAAGCGUCUGAAUCAAGUGAUCUUCCCUGUCAGCUACAACGACAAGUUCUACAAAGAUGUUCUUGAAGUGGGAGAGCUCGCCAAGCUAGCAUAUUUCAAUGACAUUGCAGUCGGUGCCGUGUGCUGUAGAGUGGAUCACUCUCAAAACCAGAAGCGACUCUAUAUCAUGACACUUGGCUGCCUAGCACCUUACCGCAGACUCGGCAUAGGAACAAAAAUGCUGAACCAUGUGUUGAACAUUUGUGAGAAGGAUGGCACUUUUGACAACAUUUACCUUCAUGUGCAGAUCAGCAAUGAGUCUGCAAUUGACUUCUAUCAGAAAUUUGGCUUUGAGAUCAUUGAGACAAAAAAGAACUAUUACAAGAGGAUAGAGCCGGCAGAUGCCCACGUCCUUCAGAAAAGCCUGCGCAGCCCAUGUGCGCCGCCAGCAGGAGAGCUGCAGAAAGCAGACUAGGGCUCCAAGCGCGAGCGACACCAGAUUGGUCUCUUCCCCCAAAAUGGAACUGUAACAGAUGCCCCAGGGUUGACACACUCACCACUUUCUUCAGAGGACAUUUUAGACAGAAAAAGUCAAUGACGUAUUUGCUGCAUUUAUUGUGCAAAAUUUUUAGUCCCCCUCAAUUGUUUUGGUUGAUUUUUAUUUUUUUUCCUUUUCGUUUCAUUUAGCGAGUUGAAAUUACAUGGAGGUUUUCAAGCAGAAUCCAUAAGUGCUCCAAAAAGCUGCUGACUACUUAAUGAUCUGACAUGGUGAAGGUUAUGUUUUCAAAGCAUACUGUUUUGCAUUUGUUUUUUCGAUUCGUUUAAGGUAAGGGGACAUAGCUUUGCUUGGACAAAAACAAUAGAACAAAAGAGGUAAAAGUCUUUUUAAAAAACGCCCCAGCUGGCAACCUUGGAGUGAUUGUUUGAAUCGUCUUAGGGGCAUGUGGGAUCAUGGCAAAAGUCCAUCGCCCGCCACCUGAGCCCUCGGACACACGGCAAGGGAAUCUAGUGGUGGCUGAAACCUCCUGUUAGACCAUACAGGCAAUAUGCAAUGCUGGAGGGUUGCAUGUGAUGCAAUGUCUCCUUGUGAUGUCAGCCGCCUCGCUGUGUGUUGAGGCAAGUGAGGAAACGGAGCGAAAAGCCCCCUCCAACGAGAGAAGUGGUACAACUGUUUUAGGAAGGGGGAGGUUAAGGGGAGUAAACUCCACUUGUUUGUGAAUGUUUUGUUUUUCAGCCCAUUAUUUAAUACCCCCCUUUCUUUCUUUUCUUUUUUUAAUUUGUGGAUUGAGUCUGGGCUUUUUCUGGGGUUUGCGGUAAUGCUGCUGGUGAGAUGUUGAGGCUUCAAAUUGCAAACAGGAACAGCUUUUUUAUAUGAGCCUUGACGGUUGCGUUGUUUACGGUGGAUGUGGUUCUCUAAUCAUUUUAAAAGUUAGUUAAGGGGGUAGUUCACCAAAAAUAAAGUGUCAUCAUCUACUCACCCUUCACUUAUUCUUCACUUAUUCACUUAUUUAAGCUUCAUUAUUCUGUUGAACACAAAACAACCGACAGCCAUCGAGUUCCAUGGAAUUUGUUUUCCUGCUAUGGAUGUCAAUGACUGCCAGUUUUCAGCAUUUUUUAAAAUAUCUUCUUUUGCGUUCAACAGAAAAGGGAAGCUUAUUGUGGUUUGGAAACAUUUGAGGGAGAGGAAAUGUUCAUUUUUAGGUGAUCUAUCCCUUUAAGCAGUGUGUUUGAUGUGAAAGUUCAUUCUCUCCCUCCAUUACCUGCCUGAGUGUUUCAAAAUUUGAAUCCUAGCUUCUCACUUGUUAACGCAGCGAAGAUAAAUCCUUCCACAAUGCAAAAGUUACAUUUCAGUGAUGUUCACUGACCACCGCCUAUUUCCCCAUACAGUGUGGGAGCUUUACAGGUUAGUUUACAAGUUAUUUUAUAGGACUUACAGAGCCAGAUCCCAGGAAAAGCCCCAACUCAGUGCAUGCCAGGGGAGACAUGCCCUCUCCAUUGUAGUAAAAGCAUGUUUUUGUUCCUCCUUUCUUUGGAAAAAUUUUAUCUUUUUCUGGAGCUCUAUAUUGUAUGACUUUUAAACCUCUAAAUAAAAAUUACUAUUUGCAUUA